AUAUUUCAAUAUUCAGCCUACGGUCACAUAAAGUCUAUAGCAAAACAAAAUAAAGUUUGGGCAAGUUUUAUAUAAAGUAGUGAAUAAAAAUCUUGCCGAGCCAUGUCCGAGCUUAGCAUCAGUGGUAGUCAAGUGCAACUGCAACCGCCGCCGCAAGUGCAGCCGCAAACAGCAUCACCGGUUGUCGAACCCUUUAGAAUUACAACAAAUGCACCACAGAUGAGUGAUGCCAACUUGACACCAGGACGUCGAAAGCUUCAAAAGUGGUUAGGACGCGUUCUUCGCAUUGUGAUAACUGAUGGCCGAGUUUUGGUCGGUUUCUUCAACUGCACGGAUCGGGAUGCCAAUAUUGUCCUCUCCAUGUGCGCCGAGUAUCUGGUGGAGGGUCAAGAACCCCGUUUACUGGGAAACGUGAUGGUGGCCAAGAAGCACAUUGUAUCAUUAAAUAUUGACGAGCCGACGCCCUCAUCGAGUCUGCUUGCUCAGUAAAUAAGGAUUUGCUAGAUGUAUUUCAAUAAAUACUUGUAAACAAAAUCCAUCUUCGGAACAGUGAGCGAGAAAUGUUUGCAUACACAUGAGAUAUUUAUCAUAGUCAUUGUAAGAAUAAAAGUUUUAGAAAAUGUUCGAAA